AUGCGAUCCAUCGCAAGUCACAUUCGAUUCGGCCUGCAUGAAUUCUGUCUCAUCAGAAGUGGAAGUCUUCGGCCCUAUUUGACACGGCAAGAUCGUUUCCUGCGGCAUAAUCGGACAUAUCAAACGCGCAUCUCGCCCGUGAUUCGAAAUGCGCCAGCGACAAACGAUGUCAAACUACGACCGUAUCAAGAGGAGAGUAUCCAAGCGGUACUGAAAUAUCUGGCAAAUGGCGAGAAAAGACUGGGACUGUCCCUGGCCACCGGGAGUGGCAAGACGGUCAUCUUCAGCCAUCUCAUAGACCGCGUUGCGCCUCCAAACGAACGAGCAAGGCAGACACUUAUCCUUGCUCACCGUCGCGAAUUGGUAGAGCAAGCGGCGCGCCAUUGUUCUAACCUCUAUCCCGACAAGACCAUCGAGAUUGAAAUGGGCAAGUCACAUGCUUCAGGACUUGCCGACAUCACUUGUGCAUCCAUUCAGAGCAUCGUGUCUUUCGGCCGGCUCGACAAUUACGAUGCCAGUCGGUUCAAGUUACUGCUCGUGGACGAGGCCCAUCAUAUCGUUGCACCAACCUACCUCGAAGUGCUGGAACAUUUCAAGCUUGUUGAUCGGGAGAAAGAUCAACAGGGCGAGACGGCGCUGGUCGGAGUUUCUGCUACAUUCUCAAGGUCGGACGGUCUUAGGCUGGGUGCAGCCAUUGACCAUAUCGUGUACCACAAGGAUUAUGUUGAUAUGAUUGACGAUAAAUGGCUGUCCGAUGUCAAAUUCACCACCGUGCAAUCCGGAGCGGAUCUAUCACGGGUCAAAACCUCGCAUGGCGACUUUCAAGUUGGGAGCCUCUCGAAGGCAGUGAAUAAGGCGGAGACCAACACUAUCACCGUCAGGUCCUGGCUUGCGGAAGCGCAGCACCGCAGAUCCACUCUCGUGUUCUGUGUGGAUAUUGCGCAUGUCACGAGUUUGACCGCAGCUUUCCGUGCUCACGGAAUUGACGCCUACUUCAUCACGGGCGACACUGCGGCUGACGUUCGUGCGAGGCGGUUGGCAUCUUUCAAGAAUGGAGAAUUCCCUGUACUUUUGAAUUGUGGCAUAUUCACGGAAGGGACGGAUAUUCCGAACAUCGAUUGUGUGCUGCUCGCCCGCCCUACUCAGUCUCGCAAUUUGUUGAUUCAGAUGAUCGGCCGUGGAUUGAGGAAGAUUGCUGGAAAAGAGGACUGUCAUGUCAUCGACAUGGUCGCCAGUCUUGAGCGAGGCAUCGUUACUACGCCCACGCUGUUUGGGCUCGAUCCACACGAAGUGGUGAAGGACGUGGAUGCUGAGAAGCUCAAGCGGUUGAAGGAGCGCAAAACUGCCGACCGAGGUCUGGAGACGCGAGUUGCUACGUCAAGCGGCGAUGCAGCGUCCAAUGACAACCGCCACAUCACAUUCACCCACUACGACGAUGUCAACUCACUCAUUGAGAACACAUCGGGAGAGCGGCACAUCCGGGGAAUCUCCAACAUGGCUUGGGUGCAAGUGGAUGAUCGUCGCUACAUCCUCUCGGAUCGAUCAGGCUCAUUUUUGACAAUCACAAGCGAGGAGAAGAAUUUCGUUGUCACCGUCACCGCCAAACUGUCCAAGCUGUCCGAAUCGAGCACUGCGCCAUAUCGCAAGGCACGAGGCAUUGCAACGGCAUCAACAUUCGAGGACGCGGUGCAUGCAGCCGACACAUAUGCCAAAGAGAAGUUCGCGGUGCAGUUUCUUUUCGUUCAUUCACCCUGGAGGCGCUUUCCAGCAACGCCAGAGCAGAUUGCCUUCCUGAACAGAUUUCGGGAAGAGGGGAACAAGCUUCAGCCCGGCGGGGUGACGAAGGGGAGGGCUUCGGACUGGAUCACCAAGCUCAGGUUCGGCGCACGGGGAAGGGUGAAAAAGAUGAAGAAUGAGAAGGCGAAGGCGGAGAGGGUGCGGGAGAAGGACGAACGGUGGCGAGAAAUGCAGAAGAGAGCGGAGGUGAAGGUCGGCCCAGUGGAGAGCUGA